AUGAGUGACAUUCCCGGUGAGCCUCUCUCUACUCAAUCCAAGGCCGUUUCGGCCACUUCAGGUGCUCUGCAAAGCUUCCAGCCUUUGGGCCGUAUCUGUGAACAUGUGUGCGGCUUCCACAUUUACGGUCACGACAUGACUCGUCAAGUACAUGCGCAUCAUUUUUGCUCGCACGUCAACGAGGACUUCCGUCAAUGCAUCAUCUACGACUCACCCGAUGCAGACGCUCGUCUGAUUGGCAUCGAAUACAUCAUUUCGGAGAAAUUGUUUGAUCAGCUUCCUGUGGAAGAAAAGCGCUAUUGGCAUUCACACGAUUACGAGGUCCGCAGUGGCAGCUUGGCUUUGCCUAUGCCCAGAUUAAUGCCUGAACUCGGUGCCAAGGAAGGUGAAAAGGCGGCUCUUUUGGAUCUGCAAAAAACUUAUGGCAAGACCUGGCAUACCUGGCAAGUGGAUCGUGGUGACAGUCUCCCAUUGGGACCUGCGCAGCUCAUGAUGGCACUCACCGCCGAUGGCCAACUCAGUCCAAAGCUCGCAGCAGAACGCAAGCAGAAGGAGAAGAUCGAUCUCGAAGUCAAGCGGGAAGAGCGCAAGAACUUUCCCGAUUACGCGCCUCGCAAAGAAGCCGAUGCUUGGCUAUCUGGCAAGGCAUGCCAAGUGUUCCCUCAAGAAGUCGACUUUAAGAAAUAG